GCGGUAGCGAUAACGAGCCUUGGUGGUGGUAGUGGUGGUAGUGGCGGUGGCGGCCGAGAAGGCGGCGGCCAUUUUGGUGAGGCCUCGGGAGCGGCGGCGGCGGCGGCGGGGUCGCUGGGAGUAGCGUCUCCUUUUCCUGCAACUUACUGAUCGCAUCUCCGUGGCGGGACCAGGAGCGGUGCGAGCACGGGGGCGGCUCUAGCUGCGGCCCUUAGGGGAAUUUAGAGCGGUGAAGGCGGCGACCAGGAGGGGGCCCUCCCCCCUCCUCGGCGGGAGGGGGGGUGGUGAGCACGCCCCCGAGGACGCAGGUGUGAUUUCCCUCAUUACAGCAAGGCACCGUGGAAGUGCAGACUUUCACAGGGGGUGUGGUCUCUGCUCACACAGGUGCUCCAGAGGUUGGUGGACCUGAGCGGAGGCUGGGACGCCCUGGUGGGCCCCGGGCCCUGGAAGGCAGGUCCCGGUGGCUGGUGGCCCAGAAUGAGGCCAGCUCCCAGCAUGCCCUGCAGCCGGACACCAGCCCCUCGGCCUGCAGCAGUGGUGAUAAUAACCCAGUCAUUCUUCAGGCAUCCAGCAAGGAGCCUGGGAGUGGGACCAUGCAGAGCAGCCCCUCCCCUGCUCAUCCUCAGCUCCCAGUCCUACAGACACAGAUGGUGUCGGACGGCAUGACAGGCAGCAAUCCUGUGUCCCCUGCCUCAUCUAGUUCUCCAGCUUCUAGUGGGGCAGGUGGCAUCUCCCCCCAACAUAUAGCUCAAGAUUCCUCUCUGGAUGGACCUCCAGGCCCGCCAGAUGGUACCACAGUUCCUCUGGAGGGGUUCAGCUUAUCCCAGGCUGCUGACCUGGCCAACAAGGGCCCGAAGUGGGAGAAGAGCCAUGCAGAAAUUGCAGAACAAGCUAAACAUGAAGCUGAAAUUGAAACUCGGAUUGCGGAACUUCGAAAGGAGGGAUUCUGGUCAUUGAAAAGGCUUCCUAAAGUGCCAGAGCCUCCCCGAUCUAAAAGCCAUUGGGACUUCCUAUGUGAAGAGAUGCAGUGGCUUUCUGCUGACUUUGCUCAGGAGCGCCGAUGGAAACGAGGUGUGGCCCGGAAGGUGGUACGUAUGGUAAUCCGGCACCAUGAAGAGCAGCGACAAAAAGAGGAAAGAGCUCGGAGAGAAGAACAGGCCAAGCUGCGCCGAAUUGCUUCUACCAUGGCCAAGGAUGUUAGGCAGUUCUGGAGCAAUGUGGAAAAGGUGGUACAAUUCAAACAACAGUCCCGGCUUGAAGAAAAGCGUAAGAAAGCCUUGGACCUGCACCUGGACUUCAUUGUGGGACAAACUGAGAAGUACUCAGACCUUCUGUCUCAGAGCCUUAACCAGCCACUAGCCUCCAGCAAAGCUGGCUCCUCCCCCUGUCUUGGUUCUUCCUCAGCAGCAUCCAGUCCUCCACCCCCUGUUUCUCGGCUGGAUGAUGAAGAUGGGGACUUCCAACCCCAAGAGGAAGAAGAGGAUGAUGAGGAGACCAUUGAGGUUGAAGAACAGCAGGAAGGCAAUGAUGCAGAGACCCAGAGGCGAGAGAUUGAACUGCUUCGACAUGAGGGAGAACUUCCACUGGAAGAGCUGCUCCGUUCCCUCCCCCCUCAGCUAUUGGGUGUACCUUCCAGCCCCUCUCAAACACCCUCAUCUCAUGACAGUGAUGCCCAUGAUGGGCCUGAAGAGAAUGUUGAAGAGGAACCGUCUCAGGAUUUGGAGGUAAACCCUCCACCGUCCUCUGAUACACAGUGCAACCAACAGCAUUGGCAUCCAGAUGAAGAUGAUGAAGAGUUUACUGCCAAUGAAGAUGAAGCAGAGGAUGAAGAGGACACCAUAGCAGCUGAGGAGCAGUUAGAAGGAGAGGUGGAUCAUGCCAUGGAACUGAGCGAGCUGGCUCGAGAAGGUGAGCUUUCUAUGGAGGAGCUACUGCAGCAGUAUCCAGGGGCCUAUGCCUAUGAUGCAUCUGCUCCAGGCUCUGGGAAUAGCGAAGAGGAAGAUGAGAUUGAAGCCAAUAGUUACGACUGUGAACUAGAAGAAACAAGAGAAGUUGAAGAGGCAGCUCAAGAAGACAGCAAUCAGUCAGAUUCUGCUGAAGAGCAGAGUGAGAAUGAGGAAGAUGAACAUUCUGAGGAGGAAGAAAUGAGUGGGAGUUCACAGUCAGAAGAAUCUGAGUCUGAUGAGUCUGAGGAUGCUCAGUCACAAAGCCAAGCAGAUGAAGAACAGGAAGAAGAUGAAGGAGAUGAUGAUGACGAUGACAAUGAUGAUUUUGGGGUGGAAUACUUGCUUGCUCGGGAUGAGGAAAGGAGUGAGGCAGAUGGGGGCAGUGGGCCUCCUACCCCAGGUCCCACCACCACUCUCGGGCCCAAGAAAGAAAUUACUGAUAUUGCUGCAGCUGCAGAAAGUCUCCAGCCCAAGGGUUAUACUUUGGCCACUACCCAGGUGAAGACACCUAUUCCACUUCUCCUACGGGGCCAGCUUCGAGAGUAUCAACACAUUGGCCUUGACUGGCUGGUUACUAUGUAUGAAAAAAAGCUUAAUGGCAUUCUUGCAGAUGAGAUGGGACUGGGGAAGACAAUCCAGACCAUCUCCUUGCUUGCUCACUUGGCCUGUGAGAAAGGUAACUGGGGUCCUCAUUUAAUUAUUGUUCCUACCAGCGUGAUGUUGAACUGGGAGAUGGAAUUAAAACGUUGGUGUCCCAGCUUUAAAAUCCUCACUUACUAUGGAGCUCAGAAAGAAAGGAAGCUCAAGCGGCAGGGCUGGACCAAGCCCAAUGCUUUCCAUGUGUGUAUCACAUCUUACAAGCUGGUGCUACAGGAUCACCAGGCUUUUCGUCGAAAGAACUGGCGCUAUCUCAUUCUGGAUGAGGCUCAGAACAUCAAGAAUUUCAAGUCCCAACGGUGGCAGUCACUCCUGAACUUCAACAGCCAGAGGCGCUUGCUGCUGACAGGAACUCCCUUGCAGAAUAGCCUCAUGGAGUUGUGGUCCUUGAUGCAUUUUUUGAUGCCACAUGUCUUCCAGUCUCAUCGAGAGUUCAAGGAAUGGUUCUCUAACCCUCUAACUGGCAUGAUUGAGGGAAGCCAAGAAUAUAAUGAAGGUCUAGUCAAACGCCUUCACAAGGUCCUGCGACCUUUUUUGCUUCGCCGAGUUAAGGUGGAUGUUGAGAAGCAGAUGCCCAAAAAGUAUGAGCAUGUUAUCCGAUGCCGGCUUUCCAAGCGCCAACGCUGUCUCUAUGAUGACUUCAUGGCACAGACCACAACUAAGGAGACACUAGCUACAGGCCAUUUCAUGAGUGUCAUCAACAUUUUGAUGCAGUUGCGGAAAGUCUGCAAUCAUCCAAACCUAUUUGACCCUCGACCUGUUACCUCCCCUUUCAUUACCCCAGGCAUCUGCUUUAGCACCGCCUCUCUGGUGCUAAGGGCUACUGAUGUCCACCCACUCCAGCGAAUUGACAUGGGUCGGUUUGAUCUCAUUGGCCUGGAGGGUCGAGUCUCCCGAUAUGAGGCUGACACAUUUCUACCCCGCCACCGUCUUUCCCGACGCAUUCUGUUAGAGGUAGCUACUGCUCCUGAUCCCCCACCUCGACCCAAGCCUGUCAAGAUGAAGGUCAACAGGAUGCUGCAGCCAGUGCCCAAGCAAGAAGGCCGUACAGUGGUGGUGGUGAACAGCCCACGGGUGCCUCUUGGCCCUGUCCCAGUCCGUCCCCCUCCAGGCCCUGAGGUCUCACCCCAGCCCACCCUUGGUCCAGUCACCCCAGUGCUGCCAGCACCACUCAUGGUGUCAGCUACACCUACUGGAACCCCAGUUGUUCCUGCAUCCCGACCACCUGGACCUGUUCUUUUGUCUCCCUUGCAGCCAAAUACUGGUCCUCUACCCCAGGUGUUGCCAUCCCCCAUGGGAGUCAUGAGUGGAACCUCACGGCCUCCCACACCAACCUUGUCACUGAAGCCAGCCCCACCUGCCCCAGUUCGCCUGAGCCCAGCUCCACCUCCAGGCUCCUCUAGCCUGUUGAAGCCCCUCACAGUGCCUCCAGGCUACACUUUCUCUCCUGUUGCUGCUAAUACCACUUCCACCACCAUAGCAACUGUUACCACCACAGCAGUGGCAGCUCCGAAUUCUACACCACAACGCCUCAUCUUAUCUCCUGAAAUGCAGGCUCGUCUGCCCUCUGGAGAAGUAGUCAGCAUCGGGCAGUUGGCCUCCUUGGCACAGCGUCCAGUGACGAGUGCUGGGGGAAGCAAACCUCUCACCUUCCAAAUCCAGGGCAACAAACUGACUUUGACUGGUGCCCAGGUGCGCCAGCUGGCUGUGGGGCAGCCCCGCCCGCUGCAAAGGAAUGUGGUGCACCUGGUGUCAGCAGGGGGGCAGCACCACCUCAUCAGCCAGCCUGCCCAUGUGGCCCUCAUCCAGGCCGUGGCCCCGACCCCUGGCCCCACCCCUGUCUCUGUGCUGCCUUCUUCGACCCCCAGCUCCACCCCUGCCCCCACUGGCCUCAGCCUUCCGCUUGCUGCUAACCAGGUGCCACCAUCCAUGGUGAACAAUACAGGUGUGGUGAAGAUCGUAGUAAGACAGGCCCCUCGGGAUGGACUUACUCCUGUUCCGCCACUGGCACCAGCACCCCGGCCUUCAAGUUCUGGGCUUCCAGCGGUGUUGACAUCACGGCCUACAUUAACCCCUAGCCGUCUAACCACACCUACUCUGGGUACUACUCGAGCCCCUAUACCAACACCCACUCUGGUGAGGCCCCUCCUCAAGCUGGUCCACAGUCCUUCGCCUGAAGUCAGUGCAUCAGCACCUGGAGCUGCUCCCAUCACCAUCUCUUCUUCUCUGCAUGUGCCGUCCUCACUCCCUGGGCCAGCCUCUUCUCCAAUGACAAUUCACAAUUCCUCUCCCCUUGCUAGUCCUGUGCCCUCUACAGUCUCUGUCCCUGUGUCAUCUUCACUUCCCAUCUCUGUUCCUUCUACACUUCCUGCCCCAGCCUCUGCUCCACUAACCAUACCCAUCACAGCCCCCUUGCCUGUUUCAGAUUUAGGUCCAGCUCUGUUGACUAGUGUGGCUCCAGCACUGGCUGUUGUCUCAGCAGCCUCUGGACCACCUUUGGCAUCAGCUGGGGUUUCCCCAUCAGUAUCAGCCUUGGCUCUAGGUUUGGCUACUACUCCAGCUCUGUCCCCACCUCAGACAUCUGGUCAUUCUCUGUUGUUGGCUACCACGUCUUCACAUGUUCCAGGAUUGAACUCACCUGUGGCUCCAGCAUGUUCACCUGUCCUGGUGCCCGCUUCAGCUUUGACCAGUCCUUUCCCGGUAUCACCAAGUUCAGCUCCAGCUCAGGCUUCCCUUCUGGCUCCAGCACCUUCUACAUCUCAGGCUUUAGCCUCCUCUCUGACUCCUAUGACAGCUUCACAGACAGCAAUCCUGGGCCCUUCUCCUACUCCUCCUCUGGCUCCACUUCCAGUCCUGGCUCCGUCACCAGGCUCUGUUCCUGUUCUGGCUACAUCACAGACUCCAAUUCCAGCUAUAACACCACCAUCAAUGCCAGGAACCCCUUUACCCUCAUCAUCACUGGUAUCAGUUUCAACUCCUGUAUUGGCUCCCUCAUCAACAACUAUGGUAUCAACCCCAGUUUCAUCACCUCUAUCAAGCCUGGCUUCUACUCAGACAUUGACCUUAGCCCCAACUUUAGCAACUCUUGGUGGAUUGUCUCCAUCUCAGACACAUUCUUUAGGAACAGGGAGCCCUCAAGGGCCCUUUUCAACUCAGACAUUGUCAUUGACUCCAGCAUCAUCCCUGGUUUCAACACCAGGGCAGACACUGUCUUUAGCAUCAGGAGCACCAAUGGGUCCAACUCAAACACUGUCUCUGGCUCCAGCACCCCCUAUGGCCCCAAGUUCUCCAAUAGGCCCAAAUCCAGCUCACACACUGACUUUGGCUCCAGCAUCAUCAUCUGCUUCACUCCUGGUCCCAACUUCAGUGCAAACACUGACUUUGAGCCCUGCUUCAGUUCCUGUGUCCACUCUGGGUCCAACUGCCACCCAGACUUUAGCACUGGCCCCAGCCUUAACACAGGAACCAACUUCCCAGGCGUCUUCCCUCAUCGUUUCAGCAUCUGGUGCGGCUUCCUUACCUGUCACCAUGGUAAACCGGGUAUCUGUUCCCAAGGAUGAGCCCGAAACACUGACUUUGCGAUCUGGUCCUCCCAGCCCUAUUCCCACUGCUACCUCGUUCAGUGGGCCCCGGCCUCGACGCCAGCCCCCACCACCACCUCGUUCCCCUUUCUAUCUGGAUUCUCUGGAAGAAAAGCGGAAGCAGCAGCGAUCUGAACGCCUAGAACGGAUUUUCCAACUUAGUGAGGCUCAUGGAGCCCUGUCACCUGUGUAUGGGACUGAAGUCCUGGAUUUCUGUACCUUGCCCCAACCUGUUGCCAGCCCCAUCAGUCCUCAUUCUCCUGGCCCAAGCCACCCCAUCUUUUGGACUUAUACCGAGGCUGCCCAUCAAGCUGUACUGUUUCCCCAGCAACGACUAGACCAGCUAUCAGAAAUCAUUGAGAGGUUCAUCUUUGUCAUGCCUCCUGUGGAGGCACCUCCCCCUUCCCUGCAUGCCUGCCACCCACCUCCUUGGAUGGCCCCUCAUCAGGCAGCCUUCCAGGAGCAAUUGGCCUGUGAACUUUGGCCCCGAGCCCGUCCUUUACACCGUAUUGUAUGUAAUAUGCGUACCCAGUUCCCUGAUUUGAGACUCAUCCAGUAUGAUUGUGGAAAGUUGCAGACAUUGGCAGUGCUGUUGCGGCAGCUCAAGGCAGAGGGCCACCGGGUGCUCAUUUUCACCCAGAUGACCCGAAUGCUGGAUGUAUUAGAGCAGUUUCUCACCUACCAUGGUCACCUAUAUUUGCGUCUGGAUGGGUCUACUAGAGUUGAGCAGAGACAGGCCUUGAUGGAACGGUUCAAUGCAGACAAACGCAUAUUCUGCUUCAUCCUUUCAACUCGAAGUGGGGGUGUGGGUGUGAACCUGACAGGAGCAGACACUGUUGUUUUUUAUGACAGCGACUGGAAUCCUACCAUGGAUGCUCAGGCCCAGGAUCGCUGUCAUCGAAUUGGUCAGACUCGGGAUGUCCACAUCUAUAGGCUUAUCAGUGAACGAACAGUAGAGGAGAAUAUUCUAAAAAAGGCAAAUCAGAAGAGAAUGUUGGGAGAUAUGGCCAUUGAAGGAGGCAACUUCACUACAGCCUAUUUUAAACAGCAGACCAUCAGAGAACUGUUUGAUAUGCCUCUGGAGGAGCCACCUGGUUCAUCUGCAUCUUCUGUUCCUGAGGAGGAGGAAGAGGCUGUGGCAAGCAAGCAGACUCAUAUUUUGGAGCAGGCAUUGUGUCGGGCAGAAGAUGAAGAAGAUAUUCGUGCAGCCACCCAGGCCAAAGCUGAGCAAGUGGCUGAACUUGCAGAAUUUAAUGAGAACGAUGGGUUUCUUACUGGUGAGGGAGAGGAGGCCAGUCGCCCUGGGGCUGAGGAAGAGGAGAUGUCCAGGGCUGAACAGGAGAUUGCUGCCCUUGUAGAACAGCUGACUCCCAUUGAGCGCUAUGCCAUGAAAUUCCUAGAAGCUUCAUUGGAGGAAGUAAGCCGAGAAGAGCUCAAGCAGGCAGAAGAACAAGUGGAAGCUGCCCGAAAAGACCUGGAUCAAGCCAAGGAGGAGGUGUUUCGAUUGCCCCACGAGGAAGAGGAAGGGCCAGGGGCUGGGGAUGAGGUGUCCUGUGGAUCUAGUGGAGGCAGCCAUCGGCGCAGUAAGAAAGCGAAGCCUCCUGAGAGGCUGGGGACUCGUGUCAGUGAGCGUCUUCGUGGAGCUCGGGCUGAGACUCAAGGAGCAAACCACACUCCUGUCACAUCUAUGAAGUGUGCACAGCCCCCUGCCCCUGCCCCUGCCCCUGCCCCUGCCCCUGCUCCUGCUCCUGCUAUAAAUUCUGCCCUAGCCACAGCUCCCAUACCCAUUUCUGCCCCAAAUCCAAUAACCAUUCUUCCUGACCAUAUCUUGCCUACUCCUGCACCUCUGCUUCAGCUUCCUCCAUCUUGUUCUUCUCUUACUUGCAUUCCUCCUCCAGCCUGUACCCCUCUACCCACUUGUACCCCCUCACCAGCUCAAAACUCUCAUUUGACCUCUUCUCCACCAACCCUACUUGAUUCCCUUCCUGUUCCCAUCUCUCCUGGGAUUACCAACCUUCCCUUGGACUCAGGAGAAUUAGAGCUUCAUAAACAAGAGUUGGUACCUACCGAGUCUCUAGAGCUUCCUGGAACAACCAAUUCUGAGGCUUCCCUUGUUAAUUUUGUGCCUCCAAAGGAUCUUUUGUCAGGGGUUGUUGAUGCUCUGCCUGAGUCAGAGAAGAAUCAUCUAAUUCCUGCACCCAGUUCAACCUUGGAAGCUGGCAGCAUCCCCAAUGGUCAGCAGCAGGAAGUGCCAGGUCCUGUGGAGGGGGAUGGUCCCACACUGUUACCUGGUGGUGAGGAGUUGACCGUGAAUCUGAGUGAGAGCAAUGGCCUGGAGCUCCCACCCUCAGCAGUAUCUGAUGAACCACUUCAGGAGGUAUUGGAGGCUCACAGGAACUUGGAAGAAAUGGGAGAGGUUCGGAUCCAAAUCUCCAACCCAGAAAAGCCACAAGAAAUUGUUAGACCCGAGGUUAUAGCCCGAUCAACCUCAUCUUCAGCCACCUCCUCUCCUGAGGGUCCUUCACCCGCACGUCCCCCACGGCGUCGUACCAGUGCUGAUGUAGAAAUCAGGGGCCAGGGGUCUGGCCAGGCAGGACAACCUCCAGGUCCCAAAGUACUCCGAAAGCUGCCAGGACGGCUGGUAACUGUGGUGGAGGAAAAAGAACUUGUGAGACGACGGCGACAUCGGGGAACUGCCAACACGCUGGUACCUGGGGUAUCUGAACCUAGCACCAGUCCAGGAAGCCCAUCCACCCAUAGCAUGUCAGGGCCAGAAUCCUCACCUCCCAGCAGUGGGCCCUGUGAAGCUGCUCCUUCAUCCUCACUGUCCACCCCCACCCAGCAUCCCUUCAUAGCUUGUCGUCACAUUGAACUGGGUAUGACUGGUGGGGGCAGCCCAGAGAAUGGAGAAGGAGCAGAGCUUCCCAUCACUCCACCAGCUGUGAAACGUCGGAGGGGGAGGCCCCCUAAGAAGAACAGGUCUCCAGCAGAUGCUGGGAGAGGGGUGGAUGAGACACCAUCCAUCUCUAAGGGGAAAACCAAUGGAGUUGACCCAGUCCCUGGGUCUGAGACAGUAACUGUUGCAGAACCUGCCCUCAGGCCCCAGUUUGUUCCUGGGCCGCAGCCUCUUGGACCUGAACCAGUUCACAGACCAGAGCCCAUCCUAUCACCUGUGGAGAAAAGACGACGUGGGCGUCCUCCUAAAGCAAGGGAUUUACCCAUUCCUGGGACCAUAUCCUCUCCAGGGGAUGGCAAUUUAGAGAGCCGGACACAGCCACUCCCUUUCCCAGCACCCCUGACACCACUCCCACCACUCCUAGCCUGUCCCACUGCUGUCACCAACACAGUCACCACUGUCACCAUUUCAACAUCCCCACCUAAGCGGAAGCGGGGCCGACCUCCCAAGAACCCACCAUCUCCGCGGCCCAGCCAGCUCCCUGCCGUGGACACCGACAGCUCUUCUGUCCUUGAGAGUUGUGGAUUGGGGGUGCGGCGGCAACCUGUGGGCCAGGUGGAAAGUGAAGGCAGUUCCUCUGAUGAGGAUGGAAGCCGCCCUCUCACGCGCCUGGCCCGCCUCCGGCUUGAAGCAGAGGGAAUGCGGGGACGAAAGAGUGAAGGGUCCAUGGUGAUGGCCGUAAUUCAGGACGACCUGGAUUUAGCAGAUAGUGGGCCAAGUGGGUUAGAACUGACACCACCUGUGGUCUCAUUAACUCCCAAAUUUCGCUCAACCCGCCUACGUCCAGGGUCUCUAGUUCCCCCACUAGAAACUGAGAAAAUGCCUCGCAAAAGGUCAGGGCCUUCAGUUGGGAGUUCUGGGAUGGCAAAGCGGGGUCGCUUGCAGCCCCCAAGUCCCCUGGGGCCUGAGGGUUCAGUAGAGGAGUCAGAGGCAGAAGCCUCAGGUGACGAGGAGGAAGGAGAUGGAACCCCACGCCGCCGAACCGGUCCCCGCAGGCUCGUUGGGACCACCAACCAAGGGGACCAGCGUAUCCUGCGUAGCAGUGCUCCUCCCCACCUAUCUAUCCCUACUAUUAGUCACAGAGGUCGAAAGGCCAAGACGUGAGUGGGUAGACCCUUCACCUAGGUAUCCCACCAUGGUCGCUUCCCCACGCCCAGGCCUGACUCUGUUAACCACUACUUGAAGUCUGAGGGGAAAAGCCUCCAGGGAGACAUAGGGGGCUGUCUCCCUUUCCACCAAAGUAGGGGGUAGGUAACUGGUUGUCAUGGAAAUGGGGCUCAUCACAACCCCCCCUCCUACCCUAUAUGGCUGGGCAGUGUUAAGGGUGGCAAGAUAGUCUCUGUCCCCACCCCCUUGUACUUGAUUCCCCAGCUGUCUUUCACAGCCUCAAACCCUUAGGGAAAAGGGGAGGGGCUUUUCUUCAAUGAGGUGGGGUGGGUUUUUGGUUUUUUGUUUUUUGUUUUGUUUUUUUGUUUUUUGUUUUUUUUUUUUUUUUUUUUUUUUUUUUUUUUUUUUUUUUUUUAAAGAAGAAAACAUAAUAAACUUAGUUUCUGUACAAGCAUCCGUGUAAGGAGGCUUCUGAUUUUCUGGUCUGGUGGAGGGUUGGGUGGGAACUUGGAUAUAAUUUUUCACCUCCCUCUUGAAGUGACCCCAUACCUGAUCUCUAAUCUAAGAUUGUAUACUUUUAAAGCAGAACUUAACCCCUCUCUCAGUCAGAAAAAAGGGAAGAUUGUCAAAUCUGAUAUGGUAGGCUGUGUAGUCUUGGUUUCAGACCACUCAGACAUAGCUCUUUUCUCUGACUCUUGAGCUUCCCUCAGCUCUCCCACGCCUUCAAGUUCCCUUUCAGCCUCCUUGCUCAGGUGCUUCCUUACACUCCUUUCUU